AUGGAAAUUAAGACGGGUUUUGAAAAGAUGGCGACGAUGGCAGAGAGGAGAGAUACGGAUCGGAUCAAGGGUCCAUGGAGUCCGGAGGAAGAUGAACUGUUGCAGAGGCUGGUGCAAAAGCAUGGCCCGAGAAAUUGGUCUCUGAUCAGCAAAUCGAUUCCGGGUCGAUCCGGGAAGUCGUGCAGGCUCCGAUGGUGCAACCAGCUCUCGCCGCAGGUGGAACACAGAGCGUUUACACAAGAAGAAGACGAGAUGAUCAUACGGGCCCACGCGAAGUUCGGCAACAAGUGGGCCACCAUAGCCCGAUUGCUCGCGGGUCGGACUGAUAACGCUAUCAAGAACCAUUGGAACUCCACUCUCAAGCGGAAGUGCUCUUCCAUGUCCGAUGACUCGGUUUUCGUCGACGUUCAGCCUUUGAAAAGAUCUGCGAGUGUUGGGUCGGGUACGAUAAUUUCCGGUUUGUAUAUCAACCCGAGUAGCCCAUCAGGAUCCGAAUUGAGCGAUUCGAGUCUUUCGGGUCUUCCUUCACCGCAUGUGUAUAGACCUGUUGCCAGAACCGGCGGCGUAAAUACUCCACCUGUUCAGCCGGUGGAAACAGCGUCAUCGGGAUCCGACCCGACUACGUCUCUGAGUCUGUCCUUGCCCGGAUCCGUUUCGUCUGAGGGAUCUAACAAAAUAUUCGGAUCUAAUUUUAUAACUCACCCGACUCAGGUGAUGCAAAAUAACCCAGAGCCACAACCUGAAUCGGUUGCCCAGGUGGCUCCACCACCACCACCACCUCCUCCGCCUCCACCACCGUCUCACAGCAGUCCAAACUAUGACUUUGGGUCAAUUGGUGUUCCUCCGCCGCCGCCACCACAAGCAGGUGAAAAACAGUUCUUUAGCCCAGAAUUCUUGGAUGUUAUGCAAGAGAUGAUCAGGAAAGAAGUGAGGAGCUACAUGUCUGGGAUUGAACAGAAUGGGAUUUGUAUGCAGACUGAAGCCAUUAGGAAUGCGGUGGUGAAGCGUAUUGGCAUUAGUAAGAUCGACUAGUGAUGAAGUUAUGAAAAUCCCAACAGACCUGAAUGAGUCAACUGCGAAGAAUUAGGAAAGAGAUGGGGGGAGGGGGGAGGGGGGAGAAAAAAAAAAGGACCUUCGUUUUUCGUAGUAUUUCCAUCUUGCUGCUUUUAUACAGAAAUAAUUUUGCCUAAUGUACAGAUGAGAGAGAGAGAGAGAGAGAGAGAGAAGGGGUUAUGAGAAACAAUUUCCUGUCUGAAUAGAAAAUGUUAGAAAAAAAGGAUGAAACCAGUGAGGUAUCGUUUCUUUUUCAUGAACUGUGCUUCUGGGUUUUAAUAAAUCUGCAUUUCUAGGGAAAAUAAGACAAAAACAUUGUCUAAAAACACAAACAAAAGUAAAUCUAACGUUUUCAUCGGUAGAUUGUAUGCUCAACUGUUGCCAUUGACAUCAGUAGUCAAGUUUUGUGCUUUUGGUGAGGAAGAAGGGUACCUAUUGGUCACGCGAAGCUACGUAACAUUCAGUUGUUGGAUAGCUGCAAUGGCGCCAAAUAGUUAGAAUCGAAUGGUGUUGGAAAACAAUGGGUUCCGAUGAAUUGUUGCACAAAAAACCUCCAAACUC